CCUUGUGCUGUUGUUUGAGGACAGCAAGCCACUCUUCGCACGCAAGCCUUCAGGAGAGGCAUGAAUUGUUGCUUCACUCCGUUCAUCUCUCCGUUCAGCAUCCAUCCGUCCUCCGGCAGCACUAUGGACAGCACAGUUUCAGCCUACUCUGAGAAGCUGAGAGAGAUGUCGGUGUUGUCUCUCCUGUGCUCUUGUUUGUAUUCCCAGCCUCUUCCCAACACCUUCCCAACUCAGUUUGAAGAUAUGGAGGUGAAGUCGCUGAAUAAGCGAGCUUCUGGUCAGGCAUUUGAGGUCAUCCUGAAGAGCCCUACUGAGCCGUCUCCAGAGAGACCCCAGACUCUGGCACUGCCGCCCCAGAAGAAGGAACCUUCCCUGGGGGAACUACAGAGGAGGCUGGAGGCCGCCGAGGAGAGACGGAAGUCUCAGGAGAAGCAGGUGCUGAUGCAGUUGGCGGAGAAACGGGAACGUGAGAAGGAGGUGCUCAACAAGGCCCAGGAGGUCAACAACAACUACAGCAAGAUGACCGAGGAGAAGCUCAACCACAAGAUGGAGCUGAUCCAAGAAAAUCGCAUGGCCCGUCUCAGUGCUCUCAAGCAGCGUCUGAGAGAGAAGGAAAUAUGA